AUGAAGAAGCACCAGUUCGAGAGGAACCAAGUGAUCAUCCAGGCACACAAUGGCUCCACAGAACCAAGACAUACUCAGAGCAUGCUACCAAAUCGCAAGCGAGAUCGUCUCAGUGGCCUUGCCAACCUCGACGAGCCAACACACACCGAACGAUCCAGCCUAGCACGGUACCUACUGAAGGCCGUGAAAGAAGGUGCCACAGCAAAGGGACUCGUCUACCACGCCCAAGAUCCCGGCAGAGUCGUGAGGCUUCACUCGAUGCUUAAUUCCUUGCUGCUCGUGUUCGCAGUCAUGUUGGGCCUGGAGCUUUGGCCACGGUGGGAAAAACUUGACGAGAAAGACUGGUUCAGACUGGGUGUCGGAUGUGGAUUGCUCUUGGUGGUCGCUAUAGCGUGGUAG